CUAUCUGCCAAUGCCCAAACAGGUCAUUCCUCCCCCUCUUGCGGAGCGAGCGCCACCGCAACGCCUCCUCCGGCCGUCCCGUCCCCGGAGGUAAACGCCCGCCUCCUCCUCCGGCCGUCUCCGUGGGCGGCCGUACCCCGCCACGAUGAACGGCAUCAAGUCGGCUCUCCUCUCCGGCCAACGCCGUCACCCCCUCGUCGCGGCGUCGGCGGCCCCGCAUCAGCAGCUGGGAGGCGCCGCGUCGUUCCACUCCACCCCCGUCCUGCAGCGGAAGCGCAAGACGCAGUGGCACAACAGGUUCAACUAUUACGCAAAACGUCGGAGGAAUAGAGAAAAUAAAAGGUCGAUGGUACGGAAUAUGUCGGAGUAUGCAGAGUACCUCUUCCAGAGUUGGCGGGAUGAAGAGGAGAGAACUGAUGCAUCUAGUGGACCUUCAUGGUUUAGAGGACAUCGUUGGGUUAGAAAUUCAAAUAACAAUGGUUUCCGUACACAUGAUUUCUAUUACGGGAACUUCAAAAGUAGAGGAGGAUUUGAGUUUUGCUCGAGUGAUGAGGAUGAACCAGAGAUUCUGUUUCGUAAUGCUUUUAGAGACCAGCACACAUAUUAUUGGUCUUUUUUCUCUGAUAAUUUUCAGUGGAGGAACUCCAGACGUGCUCACUCAGAAAAAUUCAGAAACUGGAGUUCUGAAACGGAUGACGAGGAUGAAGUAUCCACUCCAUCAGAGGUAUCUUUGGCACGGCAAGCUCUUGGAUUGUGCACCUCUGGUCCACUAAAACUUGAAGAUGUUAAAAGCGCAUACCGAGCAUGUGCACUUAGAUGGCACCCAGAUCGCCACAAUGGAUCAUCUAAGGUAAGUUGUUCGACAGCCAAAGUUAUCUCUUACUUGCUUUACAAAAUUAUGUGCGACUUCUCUUUUUCUCCGAACAACAUGGUGGACCUGGUUGGCUAUGGCACAUGUCCUGAGCACACAUGAGGUGCCACUUUCGGGUAGGAUUGAACUGAACAUCAAACAGUAUGGCUAUAUCAAUUAAUGAUCAGACAAUAAGUUACAGUCCCCCCCCUGUUCUUUAUCCAAUUAGUUUUGGGAAUUUUGGGCUGCAUGUCCAUCGUCGAUCAUGAUAAGGCACUAUAUCAUCUAUAUAUAAUUAUAUAGCAAGUACAUCUUCACUAUGUUUGAUCAAUAUGGAUCGGUCAGCAGCACACCUAUCUUUACAACAAACGUGGUUAGUGUUUCAUGUUUCCAGAACGUCUUCACUUUUCUUUUCAAUUAGUGCAAGUAAUUAACUAUUGUUGUUUUAUGUAGCUAAUUAAGCAUAUGGGUUUUGUUCAAUGGACAGGCUACAGCGGAGGAGAAAUUCAAGCAUUGCAGUGCAGCAUACCAGACCUUAUGCGAUAGUUUGGCUGUUGCAUAGAUAAUUAUAAAUGAAGAUCGGUGCUGCAUGAGUCCCUUUCAAACUUGUAGCUGCAAAUUCUGAAGAGUUGCCAUGUGCUUGUGGUAGCCCGUACCAUCCCAACCCCAAAAGUAGCAUUGCUCUUGGCUCUUGGGGCAAUUGAGUCAACCCAAAAUUGACCAAAUAAUACGAGCACUGUACCAUGUAAAAUCUUUUAUCACAGGUCAUUGUUGUAUUUUUUUAGUGAUAGGAAGACAUUGUUAUACCAGUCAUUAUUUUAUCUUAACUGAGUUACUGUAUGGCGAUUUAGGUUUGAAUGUCUUCGACAGGCUAACAGUUGAUUACCAUCUUUGCUGCUGACAAAGUUCUUGUGGACCA